AUGGAAGAAAAAGAGAAGAUUUCUGAUGCCGACAAGAUAAGGAAUCGUCGGCUGAACAUGUUCAAUCAGGUUCGCGUUUUUUUUCCGAUCGAAUGUAUCCGUUUCUUAGUGUGAUAAGUCUGCAUGCGACGGGUGUCAGCGCGAUCAGUCCGCCAGACAGGUUUAAAGUGAACUAUUCGUGACGGGUAAUGACUGAAUGCAGCCGAAACACCUAUCAUAUUACUGUAAAGUGUUUGUUACACAAAGAUCAGUGAUGAACUUUACCGUAGUCGAUUUGCGAAAAUAGCGGGGUUUUGAGAUUUUACAUUUCAGGUGGUCUCUGGUCUUAAUGACUUAGAUCUUCAUAAUGAGGAAACGAGGAAAAUGUACUUGAGCUCCAUCGAGAAUGUCGAAAAGGAUGGACUCUGGACUUUUGAGAUAAACGCAUUCGUCAAAAAGAUCGUGCCGAACUUAGUGAGAAAAUGUGACGAGAAAUGUGAUGAGAGGAUGAUUAUUGCAGAAGUUUACGGAUAAUCAAAGGGCACAGUCGAGUGGUAGUUCACAGCGGCAUGUACCUUCUCAACCGGUCGCCCAAGAACAGGCAAGUUCCCUUCCAUCUCGGGCUUUUGCAAGAUUAUUGAGGCCUGAACCUUUGAUCAAUCUGAAACAUUGAAAGACGAGGGAACCUUCCGAGUUCACGUGCGCUCUCCGAAUCCCAGCGCUCAGAAAUGCUUAUAAACAAAACAACGCACAAUCAAAGUUGUGGUCGUGUAUGGCCUAGAAAAAUCUUCGGCCGUGUCAUCUUUUCCGGAUUUGUGGUGUUCGACACAAUCUAAUAUCGUUGCCAAACAUUAAAACAAAUCGACAAUCCGUCAAAGUUCAAUGUCGUCCUAUUGUCAGCAGGGAAGAGUUUUUGCACCUGAAUUUCCUAGGUCACGGCAAGAACUUUGACUGCGCGCUGUGAGUUGUGAUUUGGACAGCGUAUGUGACGACAGAAACUCCUAAAAACUCGCAGCGUUUCCCGGUCUUUCAACCGAUGACUUUUUAAUUCAAACGUGUGAAAUUCGGGUUCGAUCAGAAAAUCACAACAGUGCCAAACGCUUAGACCUCAAAAAGCCCUCGAAAAACCUGACCUUCUGAUGAAAACAAAUUAUUUCUUUUGCAGACGGUACCGCAGUAUGCAAAUCCUCCGCCGAAUCAGCAAAAUCAACAGCAGAUAGGCUAUCAUCAGCAGCAAAUCCAGAAUUAUCAACCGGCUGCGCAAAGGAACCAACUUCCUCCCCCUCCUACUAAACCUACUCAUCCAAUUAUCAUGCCUGACGGCCUUCACUUCUAUGGUCCUCCAGAGCUCGUUCCCACAGCGGUCUCUGAAGCACCGCAGCCCCAACAACAUCAUCCUCAACAACAAUCUCUUCAACAACAUUAUUCUCAGCAACAACAUCACGGUCAAAAUCCAAAUCAGCAGCAACGGCAGCAGCAGUACUAUCAGAAUUACCCACAAAACCAGUACAACGAGAGAAUGAACAAUGAGCCGAACGUCAGUUAUCAAAUGCAUCAGAAUCUGCCGCCACAGUUCGUCUACAAUAGUCCACCCGCAAUGAUGCCUCAACAAAAUUAUCAAGGACGACACAUGUUAGUUAUCUGCGGAAAUUUGAGAAAAAUGUAUUCAUUUUACAGAGUGCCUAUUCAACAUCAAUGUGCAAUGCCUCAUAACAACUACGCUGGCUUUCAACAAUCUCAACCGAUCCCACAGCAACAAUACGCUUAUGCUGUUCCGUAUUCAUAUGGAUAUUGUGCUAAUCAGCCAGCAAUGACGCAAACGAUGCAACCAAGCCCUUAUUCAAAUGCUCAGAGGUUAGUAGAAAAAGAUGUGAAAGUUGUUGUUUAUCUGGAAAUGUUUCAGUUAUGCUCAAAACCAGCAUUUCCCAAUUGAUUUCUUUUCGGCGGGACAUGCCUCAACUCAGCAUGAAAGGCCAUCUUUAAUCGAGAACGGACAAAUGAAUAGAUCGAUUCCGCCACACCAUAUGACAACGGCAACUCCUUAUGGACCUGCUCCACAUCCCAAUACAAUGGGACCAGUUGCAAAUGUUCCUACUGCUGCAUAUGCCCAAAAUGGUUACAACGGAACGUUCUCAUCGCCUCAACGCAAUCGGAAUGAGGUCGUCGCAAACCGACAACAGAAUGAGAUCGUUACCGGUUACCGUCCAAUGAGCGGAAAUCGUCAAGUUGAAGCGGUUGUGACAAGUGAUAACCGCCGACAGAACAAUGUGGCCAGAACGGACCAGCCGUCAUCUUCAUCAUCGACUCGCCGCCAAACUGCAUCACUCAAUGCGAACCCACCAGUUAUCCCUUCAAGUAAUCGGCCGAACAACGCUCAACCACCUCCUCGUCAAACGCAAUCUUCGGUUGCAUUUGGAACUCCACCGACUUAUGCCAGUUCGGUUGGCGCCAGACAACCAAACAUCACCUCUCGUCCAAGCCAACCAAAACCUCUGAUCGCAUCAUCUCCGACCGUGGCGAAUAACAGAACCGAUGCAUAUUCUUCGAGAUCCGAACCACAACAAUCAACAAGCCAUCAAAGUGCAUCAAGGGACACUCAAAUGUCCUAUAACAUAAGAAUUGGAUCAGCCAGUUCUGCAACUUCUCAUUCUAACCAACAGUCCAACAUCUCAAACGGUAAUCGUCAAAACUAUGGGCCAUCUAACACUCCAAGCAACCAACGGAAGCGGACGGAACUGAAUCCACAAAGGACUAACGGCAACAUCAAUGGUUCAGUUGCUAAUUCACUGCCAACUCAUUCAACGCCGUCUACAUCUGCUCAUCCUCCGAGAAGUGAAUGGGACGAACCUGUUAUUGAACAGGCAGGACCCAGUGCCACUGCUCAGAUGAUUGCAAUCUCAGAAGAAGAGGAAACAACUACAGCUCCCGCCGAGACUCCGGUGUCCCUUGAAAUCACUUCUCCAUCAUCUGUGUCUGUUGAGAUUCCACUGGAGACUGAUCCGAGUCCGGACAGAGAAGAAAUUGAAGAGACCACUCCCGCUGAGCCGCCGGUGUCACUUGAAAGAACGGCUUCAUCAUCUGAGACCGUUGAGAUCCAACCGAAAACGGCUGCGAAUCCGGAAAGAGAAGAAGUGGAAGUGCCCACUCAAUCUCCGGUGUCAUCUGAGACCGUUGAGGUUCAAGCGGAGGUUGUUGAAACAACGAAUCCAAAAAAUGAAGAAGUGGAAGAAGAAGAAGACCUGAACGGACCCUCUGACCCACUACAAGCUGAAGAAACGGAUGUCGAAGCGCAAGUUCCAGGGACGUCAUCACCAACCAGUUCUUCCGCAUCUAAAUCGAACUCAUCUGAAAGGAAGUUGCAGAAGAACAAGAAGAAAAGCAAAAAGGAGAAGAAACAGAACGAUGUUCGGGUUAAAACAAAGGAAGAGUUAAAAGAAGAGGAUCAGUUUUUGAAAGAAGCGAUGGAAAGAGGCAGAAUAGAAAGAGCCGCGUACGAGGAAAAACAGCGAGCUGCUGUGAUUGCAGCGGAGAAUCAACGAAGGGCGCAGGAGGCGGAGCGCAAAGAAAGACAAAUUGCUGAAGCGAAGAGAAAGAAAGUGUUCGAGACGAUUCGGAACCUGCCAAAACGCACAACUUGUGAUUUCUACGGUGUCAGUUACGGUAAGUGUCCACCUCCACCUUUACUUCACAGUCAGUAUUUUUCCAGAAAAUUCGAAACAAGCUGGAAUAUCAGCAACGAUCGAGUCAUUGCACAUGUUCGCAUUCAAUUACGGAGGGAAAAUUCAAGAUCCUGCGGAAAUUGCGAACGUUUUUAAUGGAAUGCUUAAAUUUGUCGAAAUCCUGGCGGAUAAUGAAAUGAGUGAGAAAGAAGGUGAGCAACUAUCCAGAAAUCUGGCAAGAGGAAUAUCGAAAACGUUACAGGAAAGCCGAAGAAGUAUCCAAAGUUUUUUGAGCAUGUUAUGCGGUCUGUGAAGAAUUACCCCACUUGCGAGGACCCGGAGCAGAAAGCACGUCUGCAGGUUUUCAUCCGGACUCGCGAGAAUGCCUUGAUCAUGUCGAGCAACCCCGACGACAGUUUGCGGCAAGUGCUGUACCACGCCAUCCAAAGAUAUUGUCAUCGUCUCAUGAUGCCUACUCUAAUAUGGCUGAUGACCCAUGAGGAGAGGCAGAAAGUUUUGCCAUCUCUUGAGUCCGAGUACGUUUCGUUCUGCUUUGAAACGGGCAAGCAGCCGUCUGUGUAUGACGGCUUGUGA